AUGUGGAGAGAAGUAUCGAUGGGGGGGGAUUUCAGAAAAACACACACCGACAGACUGCCCAAUUAUCACUCCAAGAUGUUCAAACCUUCUCGGUCUCUCUCUCGGCCCUGUGCAGCCCGCGCCCGCGGCUAUCUCGGAACCUUUUCUUUCCCUCAAAGCAGCCGAGGCAAGCACGUGCACCGCCCACUGGAAGUGCAUGAGGCAGCAGUGGUUUGGUGCGCUGUAAAGGGUAUCGGGGCCGGGAGUAAUCACUCGACAUCUAGAGUGGAGUUUCUGCACUUUUCGCUGAUCAUGUGUCCUAUUCCGGGAAACGUUAUUGAUCUUUUAAAGAUCUUUACCUUAAAGUAG